GCAGAGCUACUAGUCCAACCAGUCUCCAGAAUUCAGCGUAGCUGAAAGAGGUUUUCACUCUGCACCUGCCAAAGAUCUCUCCCCCCCUCUUCCCUUCUCUCUUCCCCCCCCCCCCCACUUUCUUUCUUCCUUUCUCGCUAAAAGGCAGAUCUGUAAGACCCAGCAGAGAUCAAAGACAGGACCUCUUUGCUAAAAAGAACCUCUACUGAUUUAUUAGUUUCUUUUCUCUAAUCCUUUUUUUUUUUCUGUGCCAUAUUUAACCUUUAUGUUGCAGUUGUGCCAUCAGACAGUUUUGCGGCCAAAAAAAACGACCAAAGCCAAAGCAAAAGCCCAGCUUGGAUACAGCAGCCACCCAGACUUGAUCGCAGUUGAACAUAUUAAUCUCUCCCAAACACUGGACGCGAUGGAUGAAGAAACUGGAACCGCUCUAAGAAAAUUAUUUUCCAGCCAAUGUUCUUAAACAGUCUCACAGAAGAGAGGGAGCGAGAGCGAGCGGGAGAGUGCUUCUGCUGCAUCACUGGUCAAAUUCAAAGGAAGGGAGUCAGCGUUUCCUGCACAGCCAAAUAUUAUGGAUGAUUUUUUUUCUUCUGUCGCCUUUCCGUACAGUUCUUGAUGCUCCUGAGGCAUGAGGACCUAUUGUUUUUAGCCUGUGCGUUCCGCGGCGCCUAUGGAGGUAACUUUACGGACUUGAUCGCUCGCCGCCCGACCCGAAGGGAGAAAACCGAAGCGGCCCCGGGGGGGUUGCUGCGAGCCCCACGCCCGCCCGGCCUUUUUCCGCGAAAGACCCCGGCAGCCUCCCCUCCCUCCCCCUUCCUCGGCUAAUUCCAGAGCCUCAUCCCCGGCCAUGAAAAUGCUCCUGGUCCGCAAAUUCCGGCUGCUGAUCCUCAUGGUGUUCCUCGUCGCCUGCACCAUGCACAUCAUGAUCGACCUGCUGCCGCGCCUGGAGCGCCGGGGGGCCGAAGGCCGCCCCGCUUGCUCCUGCCCGCCGCCCGCCGCCGCCGCCGCCCCGCCGCCCCGCGCCGCCCCGCGUUGGCCCAGCAAGCACACGCUGCGGAUCCUGCAGGACUUCAGCGCCGAGCCGGCCUCCAACCUCUCCUCGCAGUCGCGGGAGGCGGCGGAGAAAGCGGCGGACGGCGGGGGAACGGCGGCGGCGGCGGCGAGGCCGAGGCGCCUCAUAGCUCCCGGGGCGCCGCGCCCGCCGCCCCCCGGCACCUCCACAGCCGCCGCCACCGCCCCGUUGGCCGCCCUCUUCCAGCACCCGCUCUACCGCGCCGCCCUGCCCCCGCUGGCCGACGGCGACCUCCUCUUCAAUGUCGACAGCGACAUCAGGUUCAACCCGCGGGCGGCCGAACAGCCCGAGUGGCAAAAUGAAGAUAAUGAAGAAUUUUUGCCAACUGGAGAAACCUCCAUAGACUCCUACCCAAACUGGUUAAAAUUCCACAUUGGCAUUAAUCGGUAUGAGUUGUAUUCCAGACAUAAUCCUGCAAUUGAGGCUUUACUACAAGACCUGGUCUCCCAAAAGAUAACCAGUGUUGCAAUGAAAUCAGGAGGCACCCAACUGAAGCUGAUCAUGACGUUCCAGAAUUAUGGACAGGCGUUGUUCAAACCAAUGAAACAAACCAGAGAACAAGAAACGCCGCCUGACUUUUUUUAUUUCUCAGACUAUGAAAGACAUAAUGCAGAAAUAGCAGCAUUUCAUUUGGACAGGAUCCUGGAUUUCCGUCGUGUUCCACCAGUUGCAGGUAGACUGGUUAACAUGACAAGAGAAAUACGAGAUGUUACUCGCGACAAGAAACUGUGGAGAACGUUUUUCAUCUCACCAGCCAACAACAUCUGCUUCUAUGGUGAAUGCUCCUACUACUGCUCAACUGAGCACGCCCUGUGUGGAAAACCAGAUCAGAUCGAAGGGUCUCUAGCUGCUUUCCUUCCUGAUUUGUCCUUAGCUAAAAGGAAGACCUGGAGAAACCCUUGGAGACGUUCCUACCACAAGCGCAAAAAAGCAGAAUGGGAAGUUGAUCCAGAUUAUUGUGAAGAGGUUAAACAAACACCGCCGUAUGACAGUGGGACCAGAAUUCUGGAUAUAAUGGAUAUGACAGUUUUUGAUUUCCUAAUGGGUAACAUGGAUCGACAUCACUAUGAAACGUUUGAAAAAUUUGGAAAUGAAACAUUUAUUAUCCACUUAGAUAAUGGAAGAGGGUUUGGAAAAUAUUCCCAUGAUGAACUUUCCAUAUUGGUGCCUUUAAACCAGUGCUGCAGAAUAAGGAAGUCUACCUAUCUGCGAUUACAGUUGUUAGCCAAGGAGGAGUACAAACUCAGUCUCCUGAUGAAGGAAUCUUUGCUAAAAGAUAAAAUAGCUCCCAUUCUGUACCAGCCUCACUUGGAGGCGAUGGACAGGCGGCUGCGGAUUGUCCUCAAGGCUGUUAGUGACUGUAUAGAAAAGGAUGGUUAUGACAAUGUGGUUGAAAAUGACUUUAACACUGAUGUUAACACUGUUGCGACCGAGAGGUAGUGAAAUCGCAAGACUACAUUUUUACCAGCCAAAUAAAGAAGAUUCAAAAAGGAAAAAAAAAGUCUUGCAAAAGACUGUGUAUGCCACUUUGUGAAUUCAGUGAAUUCAGAAAUGAGAUGUAAUUGUUCCCAGAGUAGGUAAAGUGUAGACUCUGCAAAGGAUUAGUUCAUUAAGAAAAAAAAGUCUAACGUGAUGCAUUUUCAUUAGUUCCUAAGAAGAGAUUAUGAAAAGGUUGAGAAAAUACUCAGUGACAGACAACAGUCUGAUAGCAAAACACCUCCUGUCCUUUUUGUAUAGAAAGGAGGCCUUUACUUAAUAUUUUCUAUUUAUAUAUCGUAUAUCUAUGAAACCCCAGACCUACCUACCAAAUUUAACUAAGAGGGACGGCAUAGUUUUGUGACUCACAUUUUAUUUGUGGUGACAGUCCACUUAGUAUUUUGUUAACCCUUUAAGUGCUCUAAUCCACUGUAUCUUAUUUAAAUUGAAUGCUUUUUUUUCCCAGCUACUCAGCAUUUAAAGGGUUAAGGCAUUAUGAACUUUUAAAGGCAAAUAAUAAUAAUAAUAAUAAAAACAGUGGUUACCGGAAGGGAAUUUCACUAAUUGUGCAUUGACAGGAAUACUUGAAUGUUGGUUUUACAAAGUGAUGUAAAAUGACAAGUUGUACUAUUUAUCCUUAAGGAGGUGGCAGCUCUUAUCUUUCUAGACUAUCAUAGCUGAGCUGCUACUUUUCAACUUUGCUUUUGAUAGUUUUGUGUAAAUAUAUACAUAUAUGGGUAAAAAGCUGCUUUCAGCAGCUCUAGGCUUACUUUUGCAGCAUUUUUGUGGAAUUGUUUGCAACGUGGUUAAAGUGCAAUAAAGAUAUGGCAAAAUGUGUA